ACUGUAAUCACAUAACCAUAAUAAACUCAAUUUCAAAUCAUAAGUCCCCUUUUUUUUUGACUAAUUCAAAUCACAUAAGCCUUAGAGAGCAGAAAACAGCAACUUUUGAGACCACACAAUACAACCUAGUAGUCCUAAAACUAAAGCUACCUCCUAUCAAGUAGUACGUAUCACCCUAGCUACUUAUUGUUUUUGGUAAACCAUUUAUUUCAAAACGUCAAGAUUACCGUUCUUAAACUAUAUUCUCAAUAAUUAAAGCUACCUUCUUGAGCACUUUUUUUCUUCCUCACACCCCCCACUCUAAUGCAAUUCCUUCCCCACUCUUCUACAACAAAUUCCCAUUUACAAAUCCCAUAAAAACAGUAUCUUUAUACUUUACCGGGAUCUGGGUCUCUUUCAAUUUUUCUGAAAGACAAAGUAGAGAUUGUCUUCCACUCACAUUUAAAGCAGAACAAAAAUAAAAGACUUUGUUAUAUGUGAAGAUCAAGUGUUGUUUUUCAAUCAUUGUGUUGUACUACAGUCAAAUUAAGCGUUUGUGAUUGAUCCUUUUAAGGUAGUAACUUCUAUAUUUGAUAUUUGAGAGCACCCAAUAAGACCAAAACCUCAAAUGCUUUUGUUCUUGAGAAUUACCACAAAAGAUUGCUGAAGUGAGUGGUAAGUUUGUUGGGUUUGUGAUGAGGGUUCAUCAUCAAAAGGAACCAAGGCAAUGGCCUUAUGGUGUUUUUAAGUGGGUUUUGGUUUGGAUGAGUGUUUGCUUCUUUGUAUUCACAAUUGGACCACCAUCACGCUGGCGUUUGAAGGAAUCUCCAUGUCCUAAAUGUGAUUGUUACUGCUCUUCAGCAGAAUAUCCCACCAGUUCUUUGGACUGUGGGAAACAUGAUCCAGCAAUGAUUGAGGAAAUGAAUAAGGAUCCACUGACAAUAUUAUCAGAGGAGUUGAGGUUGCAGAAAAUUGUAGCCAAUGAAACCUUGGAACACACCAAAAGAUUAGUAAUAAAUGCCAGAAAUACCUUUUCACAAUACAAAAAAGAAGCAGAAAAGUGCAACCUAGGGAUGGAAACUUGUGAAGAAGAAAGGGAGAGGGCAGAGGCAGAGGUUGUUGAAGAGCGCAGGUUGACAGCAUUAUGGGAAAAUCGAGCUCGUGCCUAUGGGUGGAAGGAGAGGAGAAGAACAAGCUUAAGAAGUUAACUACUAACUAGUAUCAUUACUUCAUGUCAAUGCUUCAUUGUAGCGCAGUAGAUUUUAUUAUAGCCAAUGCACAAAAGAUUCAUGUGAUUAUUAACCAAUAUGCCUUAAAACUAAAUUUGUAUUUUGUUGCAUUCCAUUUAACGGCAGGAAGACAAUGAGUUAAUGCACGUUUUCCUCAUA